AUGGCGUUUCAAGCCCAGGGCAGUGAACGAAACUAUGUUUCUCCGUCUAUCCAGCAGCGACAAGACUAUUUUAGAACAGCCAGUACCAAAUCAAAAGGAGUGACAAUCAUUCCACCUCUUCGAAACACACUGGCAGUAAAGCCUGGCAACCCCUCUCACAAUGGCCAAGUGUGUAGCACAUGGGGUAACUUCCAUUUCAAGACCUUUGACGGGGACAUCUUUUACUUCCCUGGGCUCUGCAAUUACGUCUUUGCAUCCAACUGCAAGUCCUCCUAUGAGGACUUCAACAUCCAGAUAAGGCGUACAAUGGUGGAAAAUGCUACCGUGAUCACCCAUGUCAUCAUGAAGCUGGAGGGAGCAGUGAUUGAACUGACACGCAGAGCUGUCCUGGUUACUGGCAAGCCGAUUCAGCUGCCCUACAGCCAGAUGGGAAUCUUGAUAGAGAGAAGUAACAGCUACUUGAAAGUUACUGCCAAGUUAGGACUGGUCUUCCUUUGGAAUGAAGAGGAUGCCCUCCUGGUGGAACUAGAUAAGAAAUAUGCCAAUCAGACUUGCGGGCUUUGUGGGGACUUCAAUGGAAUACCAAUUAACAAUGAAUUUAUUUCACAGAAUACAAAACUGACUCCCCUGCAGUUUGGGAAUAGGCAGAAGAUGGAUGGACCUACAGAACAGUGUGAUGACCCUAUUCCUGCUGCUGUUCUGGGGAAUUGCACAGCUGAAUUUGGUUCUAUCUGUCAGAUAGUAUUAACCAGUGAAGCAUUCAGAAGCUGUAAUGUACUUGUGGAUGUUCGGGACUACAUUGAAACUUGCAUACAAGACCUAUGCCACUGUGAUAACUCUAUGGCUGACUUCUGUAUGUGCAACACCUUUGCUGAAUACUCCCGGCAGUGCGCUCAUGCAGGUGGACAGCCUCUGAACUGGAGGACUUCUGAACUGUGUCCCAAAUCAUGUCCUUUCAACAUGCAAUACCAGGAAUGCGGCUCUCCCUGUUCUGACACCUGCACCAAUCCCGAACGAUCUGCACUUUGUGAAGAUCACUGUAUGGAUGGCUGCAUCUGUCCUCCAGGAAUGGUAUUUGAUGACAUUAAUGGUGCUGGCUGUAUUCCCCGUAAAGAAUGCCACUGUACCUAUGAAGGUGAAAUUUAUGCUCCUGGUGCCUCCUUCUCAUCCAAGUGCAGAUCAUGUACCUGUGCUGGAGGUGAGUGGACUUGUGUCACCCAGUCAUGUCCCGGGACUUGCAGUAUUGAAGGAGGCUCCCACAUUUCAACAUUUGAUGAGAAACAUUAUUCCUUCUUCGGAGACUGUAGCUAUGUCCUGACCAAGCUCUGUGACAGCAAUGAUUUCACUGUUCUGGGAGAAAUCCACAAGUGUGGCCUGACUGACACAGAGACAUGUCUCAAGGGUAUAACCGUCAGUAUAAGUGGAGGACAAACUAACAUUGUGAUCCAGCCUUCUGGCAGUGUAUUUGUGAAUAUGAUCUACACACAACUGCCAUUCUCUGCAGCAAACGUCACCAUCUUCAGGCCAUCAUCUUUCUUCAUCAUUUUACAAACAACCUUUGGUCUUCAGCUAGAGAUUCAGCUUGUGCCCAUCAUGCAACUUUUUAUAAACUUAGACCCAUCACAUAAAGGGCAGACCUGUGGUCUCUGUGGAAACUUCAAUGACGUCCAGACAGAUGACUUCAAAACAACCAGUGGUGUAAUAGAGGGUACUUCAGCUGCCUAUGGCAAUACGUGGAAAACGCGGGCUGAUUGUCCUGAUGCCAAAAACACCUUUGAGAACCCCUGUACCCUCAGCAUAGAAAAUGACCAGUAUGCUCAGCACUGGUGUGGACUGCUCUCUGACACCGCAGGACCUUUUGCUGAAUGUCAUUCAACAGUGAAUCCAGAAGUUUAUCAGAAGAACUGUAUGUUUGACACAUGUAACUGUGAGAAAAGUGAGGACUGCAUGUGCGCUGCUCUUUCAAGCUACGUCAGGGCCUGCGCUGCUAAAGGAGUUCUCCUCACUGGAUGGAGGAGCAACGUCUGCAAAAAAUAUACCACCUCAUGUCCCAAAACCUUGAAGUACACUUACAAUGUUGAUUCCUGUCAACCCACUUGCCGGUCUCUGAGUGAGCCUGAUGUCACAUGCAAUAUCAAGUUUGUCCCAGUUGAUGGCUGCACCUGCGUAAAUGGAACCUACAUGGAUGAAAGUGGCAAAUGUGUGCCUGCGUCUAGCUGUCCUUGUUACUACAAAGGAACCUCUCUGCCUUCUGGGGAAGUUGUUCAUGAUAAUGGUGUUGUAUGCACUUGCAUCCAUGGAAAGCUGAGCUGCAUUGGAGAGAAACCAGAACCAGUCUGCACACCUCCCAUGUUCUAUAUUGACUGUGGCAAUGCCACUUCAGACAUGAUAGGAGCUGAGUGCCAGAAGAGCUGUCAGACUCUAGACAUGGGAUGCUACAGAACGCAGUGUGUCUCUGGCUGUGUAUGUCCUGGCAAUCAAGUGCUAGAUGGCAAAGGUGGCUGUAUAGCUGCAGAGGACUGUCCAUGUAUUCACAAUGGUGAUUCCUACCGUCCAGGAGAAUCAAUCAGAGUUGGCUGCAACAACUGCACUUGUAGAAACAGAAAGUGGCAAUGCUCUGAAGAACCUUGCCCAGAAACCUGUUCUGUUUAUGGAGAUGGGCAUUACACCACCUUUGAUGGCAAACGUUUUGAUUUUGAAGGAGACUGUGAAUAUGUGCUGGUCCAGAACUACUGCGGUAAAAAAAGUUGGAAUCAGGGAACCUUCAGAGUCAUCACUGAGAACAUUCCAUGUGGCACUACAGGAACCACCUGCUCUAAGUCUAUUAAAGUUUUUAUGGAGAAUUAUGAAUUGGUGCUCACUGAUGGACACUCUGACGUCAUCCAAAGGACACCUGGAGGAAAAAUGCCAUUCCAAAUCCGUUCCAUGGGCAUCUACAUGGUGGUUGACACUAAUGUUGGCCUGAUACUCAUGUGGGACAAGAAAACCAGUAUAUUCAUCAAACUUAGCCCCGACUUUAAGGGACAUGUCUGUGGCCUCUGUGGAAACUACGAUGGCAAUGGGAACAACGAUUUCACUACUCGCAGCCAGUCAGUGGUAGGGAAUGUGCUGGAGUUUGGCAACAGCUGGAAAGUGUCUUCUACUUGUCCAAACGCCAAUCGUACCAAGGAUCCCUGUGCUGCAAACCCUUACAGGAGCUCCUGGGCACAGAAGCAAUGCAGCAUCAUCACCAGUGAAGUUUUUGCGAGGUGUCAUUCCCAGGUUGAACCAAAUGAAUAUUACCAAGCAUGUGUGAAUGAUGCUUGUGCCUGUGACACUGGAGGAGACUGUGAAUGCUUCUGUACAGCAGUAGCUGCCUAUGCUCAAGCAUGCAAUGAGUUGGACAUCUGCAUUUCAUGGCGAACCCCAUCCAUCUGUCCUCUGUUCUGUGAUUACUAUAAUCCACAAGGGGAAUGUGAAUGGCAUUACAAGCCGUGUGGAGCUCCUUGUAUGAAGACCUGCAGCAACCCAAGUGGGAAAUGCCUUCAUGAGCUGAGAGGUUUGGAAGGCUGCUAUCCACAUUGUCCAAACAAUAAACCCUACUUUGAUGAAGAAACCAUGACCUGUGUUUCAUAUUGUGGUUGUUAUGAUGAUAAUGGAAAACGUUACAAGCCAGGAAUGAAGAUGCCUUCAAAAGAAAACUGUAAAUCAUGUGAAUGCACAACUAGUGGCAAAAAUUGCAAAUAUGAUGCAUAUGCAUGCCACUGCAUUUAUGAGGGACACAUAUACAACUAUACAGAUGUGAUCUACAAUACUACAGAUGGCACAGGAGGAUGUAUUGUUGCAACCUGUGGUCCCAAUGGGACACCUGAAAGGCAUAUCUAUGAAUGUCCAAACAUAACAUCAACCACAGCAUCAACACCAUUUCACUUCAGCACUACGCCACCUGCCACUACUCACACAGUGUCACCAACUACAUCAGUAUGUGUUCAUGAAGUUUGUGACUGGUCAGAAUGGUAUGAUGGGAAUCAGCAAACGCCUGGCUAUGAUGGUGGAGAUUUUGAAACAUUUAAUGAUUUGAGAGCUAAAGGUUAUGAAGUCUGUAAAGCUCCAAAGGCUGUUCAAUGCAGAGCAGAGAAAUUUCCUAACAUACCACUGAAAGAACUUGGUCAAAAACUAGAAUGCAGUAAAACAGCUGGACUUAUAUGCUACAACAAAGAUCAAAUUUCAACAAUGUGCUACAAUUAUGAAAUCAGAAUCUUAUGUUGUGUUUUUGUACCAUGUACUCAGACAACUGUCACCACAAAAUCUUAUGAAACUACUACACCAAUCACACUUACAACUCCAGAAACAACAACCAUGACUAUUUCUUCAAAAACAUCUUUUGAAACAACAGCAAGUAUUUCCACUGAGGCAAUAUCCAGUACAGUACCUUGUGAACCUGAGUGUAAAUGGUCUAAAUGGUAUGAUGUCCAUUCCCCAACUUUGCACAACAAGGGAGAUUAUGAAACUUAUCAUGACAUUAGAGCUUCUGGACAAGCAAUUUGCAGAAACCCUGAAAAAAUACAAUGUAGAGCAGAGAAAUAUCCACAUAAAUCUAUUGAAGAAAUUGGCCAAGUUGUUCACUGCAAUGUAACAUAUGGACUUAUCUGUAGAAAUGAGGAUCAAAAAGGAGAAUUGCGUAUAUGUCUUAAUUAUCAAAUAAAGGUAUUCUGUUGUGAUGACUACAGCCACUGCCAAACAACAAGAGUAACAUCUACUGCAUCAACUGAAACUUCUACACAAAUAUCUACAACUACAGAAAUUAUAUCAUUUUCAUCCACCACAAGAUUAACACCGAAUACUACCACUUCUGAAAGCACAACAUUCAAACCCUCAACUGCUACAAAAACAACCACAAGCGCAUCCACAACAGAAAAAACAACAGCUGUCACCACUUCUCCUUCAACACCUAUUUGUACUGAAGAAGAAUGUGAAUGGUCAAGGUGGUAUGAUGUAAGCUACCCAAAAUCUGGAUAUGAUGAUGGAGAUUUUGAUACAAUUCAGAACAUAAAAAAACAGGGAUACAAAGUAUGUGAUAACAGAAAAGCUGUGGAAUGCAGAGCAGUAAGGUUCCCUGACACACCAUAUCACCUCCUUGAGCAAAACAUCACAUGUAACACAGAAGAAGGGUUGAUAUGCUAUAAUAAGGACCAGUUACCACCAAUUUGCUAUAAUUACGAGCUUAGAUUUCAAUGCUGUAUGAAUAAAACAGUACCAUGCACUACAGUGCCCCAUACAACUACACCAAACACAAAAAUAACAUCAACUCCUCACACCACAUCAACUACACUGCCACCCAUAGGAGUAACAACAACAAAAGAAACACCAACCAUUCACACACGUCGACCGAAAACUACUCAACCAACAACUCCACCAAAAACAGAACAUAUUCAUACGCCAACGACAACAGAGACAACAACAAAAACACAAACCACAAAAACCACACCACCAACCACCACCGUCACCAGCACCCCUACGCCAACCUCCACCCUCACCCCCACCACCACCACACCCUCCACCACCACCUGCGUCCCGGAAGUGUGCUCCUGGAGCGAGUGGUUUGACGUCGACUUCCCCUCCUCGGGGCCCGGCCAGGGAGACUUCGAAACCUACCAGCACAUCAGGGCCGCCGGACAGAAAGUCUGUCGGCACCCAAAAGACAUCCAGUGCCAGGCGGAGGACUACCCCGAAGUUUCCAUCGAGCGCGUCGGGCAGGUCGUGCAGUGCGACGUCAACUUUGGACUGGUGUGCAAGAACGAAGACCAGCUCGGCAAAUUCAAGAUGUGCCUGAACUACAGGAUCCGCGUCCUCUGCUGCAGCCCAAACCCGCUCUGCUCUACCACCACCAUCAUCCCCACCACAGUCACCAUCUCCCCACAAACACCGUGUUUCUGUAAAAUUGGGAGUGCUAUAUAUUCGCCUGGUGUGUGCAGCGGAUGGGGUGAUCCUCAUUAUAUUACUUUUGAUGGAAUCUACUACACUUUCCUUCAAAACUGCACUUAUGUCCUAGUGAAACAGAUUGUACCUAAAUAUGACAACUUCCGUGUUUACAUUGACAAUUAUUACUGUGAUUCAGAAGAUGGACUUUCCUGUCCUAAAUCGAUUAUUAUUUUCUACAAAUCUACAAAUGUGACGUUGACCCGUGAACUAAUGAAUGGUGUGAUGAAGAAUGUGAUUUACUUCAAUAAGAAGAUCGUCCAACCAGGCUUCAAGAAAGAUGGCAUUUCUAUUUCAAUGCUUGGCAUCAAUAUGAUUGUUGAAAUACCAGAGAUUGGUGCAACCAUCACCUUUAGUGGGCUGAUUUUCUCAGUGAAGCUCCCCUUCAGCAAAUUUGGCAACAACACUGAAGGACAGUGUGGAACAUGUUCAAAUAGCAAAUCUGAUGAAUGCCGCUUGCCAAGUGGUAAGAUUAUUUCCUCCUGUCCCCAAAUGGCUCAUCACUGGCACGUUGGUAACGACACAUCAUGCAGUGGAGUACCACCACCACCAAUUAUAACCACACCUCCACCGUUGCCUCAGUGUAAAACUCCGCUUUGCAAGCUUAUCAAGAGCAAACUCUCCUGCGUCCCGGAAGUGUGCUCCUGGAGCGAGUGGUUUGACGUCGACUUCCCCUCCUCGGGGCCCGGCCAGGGAGACUUCGAAACCUACCAGCACAUCAGGGCCGCCGGACAGAAAGUCUGUCGGCACCCAAAAGACAUCCAGUGCCAGGCGGAGGACUACCCCGAAGUUUCCAUCGAGCGCGUCGGGCAGGUCGUGCAGUGCGACGUCAACUUUGGACUGGUGUGCAAGAACGAAGACCAGCUCGGCAAAUUCAAGAUGUGCCUGAACUACAGGAUCCGCGUCCUCUGCUGCAGCCCAAACCCGCUCUGCUCUACCACCACCAUCAUCCCCACCACCAGCCCCACCACCACCAGCAGCCCAUGGACAACCACCUCCACACCAUCAUCCACCUCAGUCACAACCUCCACCAGCACCCACUCCACCUCCUCCGAAACCACACCACCAACCACCACCGUCACCAGCACCCCCACGCCAACCUCCACCCUCACCCCCACCACCACCACACCCUCCACCACCUCCUGCGUCCCGGAAGUGUGCUCCUGGAGCGAGUGGUUUGACGUCGACUUCCCCUCCUCGGGGCCCGGCCAGGGAGACUUCGAAACCUACCAGCACAUCAGGGCCGCCGGACAGAAAGUCUGUCGGCACCCAAAAGACAUCCAGUGCCAGGCGGAGGACUACCCCGAAGUUUCCAUCGAGCGCGUCGGGCAGGUCGUGCAGUGCGACGUCAACUUUGGACUGGUGUGCAAGAACGAAGACCAGCUCGGCAAAUUCAAGAUGUGCCUGAACUACAGGAUCCGCGUCCUCUGCUGCAGCCCAAACCCGCUCUGCUCUACCACCACCAUCAUCCCCACCACCAGCCCCACCACCACCAGCAGCCCAUGGACAACCACCUCCACACCAUCAUCCACCUCAGUCACAACCUCCACCAGCACCCACUCCACCUCCUCCGAAACCACACCACCAACCACCACCGUCACCAGCACCCCCACGCCAACCUCCACCCUCACCCCCACCACCACCACACCCUCCACCACCUCCUGCGUCCCGGAAGUGUGCUCCUGGAGCGAGUGGUUUGACGUCGACUUCCCCUCCUCGGGGCCCGGCCAGGGAGACUUCGAAACCUACCAGCACAUCAGGGCCGCCGGACAGAAAGUCUGUCGGCACCCAAAAGACAUCCAGUGCCAGGCGGAGGACUACCCCGAAGUUUCCAUCGAGCGCGUCGGGCAGGUCGUGCAGUGCGACGUCAACUUUGGACUGGUGUGCAAGAACGAAGACCAGCUCGGCAAAUUCAAGAUGUGCCUGAACUACAGGAUCCGCGUCCUCUGCUGCAGCCCAAACCCGCUCUGCUCUACCACCACCAUCAUCCCCACCACCAGCCCCACCACCACCAGCAGCCCAUGGACAACCACCUCCACACCAUCAUCCACCUCAGUCACAACCUCCACCAGCACCCACUCCACCUCCUCCGAAACCACACCACCAACCACCACCGUCACCAGCACCCCCACGCCAACCUCCACCCUCACCCCCACCACCACCACACCCUCCACCACCUCCUGCGUCCCGGAAGUGUGCUCCUGGAGCGAGUGGUUUGACGUCGACUUCCCCUCCUCGGGGCCCGGCCAGGGAGACUUCGAAACCUACCAGCACAUCAGGGCCGCCGGACAGAAAGUCUGUCGGCACCCAAAAGACAUCCAGUGCCAGGCGGAGGACUACCCCGAAGUUUCCAUCGAGCGCGUCGGGCAGGUCGUGCAGUGCGACGUCAACUUUGGACUGGUGUGCAAGAACGAAGACCAGCUCGGCAAAUUCAAGAUGUGCCUGAACUACAGGAUCCGCGUCCUCUGCUGCAGCCCAAACCCGCUCUGCUCUACCACCACCAUCAUCCCCACCACCAGCCCCACCACCACCAGCAGCCCAUGGACAACCACCUCCACACCAUCAUCCACCUCAGUCACAACCUCCACCAGCACCCACUCCACCUCCUCCGAAACCACACCACCAACCACCACCGUCACCAGCACCCCCACGCCAACCUCCACCCUCACCCCCACCACCACCACACCCUCCACCACCUCCUGCGUCCCGGAAGUGUGCUCCUGGAGCGAGUGGUUUGACGUCGACUUCCCCUCCUCGGGGCCCGGCCAGGGAGACUUCGAAACCUACCAGCACAUCAGGGCCGCCGGACAGAAAGUCUGUCGGCACCCAAAAGACAUCCAGUGCCAGGCGGAGGACUACCCCGAAGUUUCCAUCGAGCGCGUCGGGCAGGUCGUGCAGUGCGACGUCAACUUUGGACUGGUGUGCAAGAACGAAGACCAGCUCGGCAAAUUCAAGAUGUGCCUGAACUACAGGAUCCGCGUCCUCUGCUGCAGCCCAAACCCGCUCUGCUCUACCACCACCAUCAUCCCCACCACCAGCCCCACCACCACCAGCAGCCCAUGGACAACCACCUCCACACCAUCAUCCACCUCAGUCACAACCUCCACCAGCACCCACUCCACCUCCUCCGAAACCACACCACCAACCACCACCGUCACCAGCACCCCCACGCCAACCUCCACCCUCACCCCCACCACCACCACACCCUCCACCACCUCCUGCGUCCCGGAAGUGUGCUCCUGGAGCGAGUGGUUUGACGUCGACUUCCCCUCCUCGGGGCCCGGCCAGGGAGACUUCGAAACCUACCAGCACAUCAGGGCCGCCGGACAGAAAGUCUGUCGGCACCCAAAAGACAUCCAGUGCCAGGCGGAGGACUACCCCGAAGUUUCCAUCGAGCGCGUCGGGCAGGUCGUGCAGUGCGACGUCAACUUUGGACUGGUGUGCAAGAACGAAGACCAGCUCGGCAAAUUCAAGAUGUGCCUGAACUACAGGAUCCGCGUCCUCUGCUGCAGCCCAAACCCGCUCUGCUCUACCACCACCAUCAUCCCCACCACCAGCCCCACCACCACCAGCAGCCCAUGGACAACCACCUCCACACCAUCAUCCACCUCAGUCACAACCUCCACCAGCACCCACUCCACCUCCUCCGAAACCACACCACCAACCACCACCGUCACCAGCACCCCCACGCCAACCUCCACCCUCACCCCCACCACCACCACACCCUCCACCACCUCCUGCGUCCCGGAAGUGUGCUCCUGGAGCGAGUGGUUUGACGUCGACUUCCCCUCCUCGGGGCCCGGCCAGGGAGACUUCGAAACCUACCAGCACAUCAGGGCCGCCGGACAGAAAGUCUGUCGGCACCCAAAAGACAUCCAGUGCCAGGCGGAGGACUACCCCGAAGUUUCCAUCGAGCGCGUCGGGCAGGUCGUGCAGUGCGACGUCAACUUUGGACUGGUGUGCAAGAACGAAGACCAGCUCGGCAAAUUCAAGAUGUGCCUGAACUACAGGAUCCGCGUCCUCUGCUGCAGCCCAAACCCGCUCUGCUCUACCACCACCAUCAUCCCCACCACCAGCCCCACCACCACCAGCAGCCCAUGGACAACCACCUCCACACCAUCAUCCACCUCAGUCACAACCUCCACCAGCACCCACUCCACCUCCUCCGAAACCACACCACCAACCACCACCGUCACCAGCACCCCCACGCCAACCUCCACCCUCACCCCCACCACCACCACACCCUCCACCACCUCCUGCGUCCCGGAAGUGUGCUCCUGGAGCGAGUGGUUUGACGUCGACUUCCCCUCCUCGGGGCCCGGCCAGGGAGACUUCGAAACCUACCAGCACAUCAGGGCCGCCGGACAGAAAGUCUGUCGGCACCCAAAAGACAUCCAGUGCCAGGCGGAGGACUACCCCGAAGUUUCCAUCGAGCGCGUCGGGCAGGUCGUGCAGUGCGACGUCAACUUUGGACUGGUGUGCAAGAACGAAGACCAGCUCGGCAAAUUCAAGAUGUGCCUGAACUACAGGAUCCGCGUCCUCUGCUGCAGCCCAAACCCGCUCUGCUCUACCACCACCAUCAUCCCCACCACCAGCCCCACCACCACCAGCAGCCCAUGGACAACCACCUCCACACCAUCAUCCACCUCAGUCACAACCUCCACCAGCACCCACUCCACCUCCUCCGAAACCACACCACCAACCACCACCGUCACCAGCACCCCCACGCCAACCUCCACCCUCACCCCCACCACCACCACACCCUCCACCACCUCCUGCGUCCCGGAAGUGUGCUCCUGGAGCGAGUGGUUUGACGUCGACUUCCCCUCCUCGGGGCCCGGCCAGGGAGACUUCGAAACCUACCAGCACAUCAGGGCCGCCGGACAGAAAGUCUGUCGGCACCCAAAAGACAUCCAGUGCCAGGCGGAGGACUACCCCGAAGUUUCCAUCGAGCGCGUCGGGCAGGUCGUGCAGUGCGACGUCAACUUUGGACUGGUGUGCAAGAACGAAGACCAGCUCGGCAAAUUCAAGAUGUGCCUGAACUACAGGAUCCGCGUCCUCUGCUGCAGCCCAAACCCGCUCUGCUCUACCACCACCAUCAUCCCCACCACCAGCCCCACCACCACCAGCAGCCCAUGGACAACCACCUCCACACCAUCAUCCACCUCAGUCACAACCUCCACCAGCACCCACUCCACCUCCUCCGAAACCACACCACCAACCACCACCGUCACCAGCACCCCCACGCCAACCUCCACCCUCACCCCCACCACCACCACACCCUCCACCACCUCCUGCGUCCCGGAAGUGUGCUCCUGGAGCGAGUGGUUUGACGUCGACUUCCCCUCCUCGGGGCCCGGCCAGGGAGACUUCGAAACCUACCAGCACAUCAGGGCCGCCGGACAGAAAGUCUGUCGGCACCCAAAAGACAUCCAGUGCCAGGCGGAGGACUACCCCGAAGUUUCCAUCGAGCGCGUCGGGCAGGUCGUGCAGUGCGACGUCAACUUUGGACUGGUGUGCAAGAACGAAGACCAGCUCGGCAAAUUCAAGAUGUGCCUGAACUACAGGAUCCGCGUCCUCUGCUGCAGCCCAAACCCGCUCUGCUCUACCACCACCAUCAUCCCCACCACAGUCACCAUCUCCCCACAAACACCGUGUUUCUGUAAAAUUGGGAGUGCUAUAUAUUCGCCUGGUGAUGUGAUUUACAACAGAACAGACAGUGAUGGAUGUCGUUUUUAUGCUAUCUGUAAUCAAUCAUGUUCAGUUGAACGAUUCACAGGAUCAUGUAGCUUUACUACUCCUGUCAUAACUACUUCCCCCCAAACCUCUACGUCAGUUCCUGUGGCUCCCCCUACUGGUUGUUAUUCUAGUACUCACCCUCCCUUAAAGCCUGGCCAAAGAAUGAAAUUAUCCAACUGCACAGAACUCCUCUGUGAGGGAGACAACAAAGAAAAAGUAAUUCCAACACAAUGCUCACCAGUAAAGGAAAUCACCUGUGCUAACAGAUAUCCACCAAUACUGGUACCUGAUGAAAAUGGCUGCUGUUACCACUAUGAAUGUCAAUGUGUGUGCAGCGGAUGGGGUGAUCCUCAUUAUAUUACUUUUGAUGGAAUCUACUACACUUUCCUUCAAAACUGCACUUAUGUCCUAGUGAAACAGAUUGUACCUAAAUAUGACAACUUCCGUGUUUACAUUGACAAUUAUUACUGUGAUUCAGAAGAUGGACUUUCCUGUCCUAAAUCGAUUAUUAUUUUCUACAAAUCUACAAAUGUGACGUUGACCCGUGAACUAAUGAAUGGUGUGAUGAAGAAUGUGAUUUACUUCAAUAAGAAGAUCGUCCAACCAGGCUUCAAGAAAGAUGGCAUUUCUAUUUCAAUGCUUGGCAUCAAUAUGAUUGUUGAAAUACCAGAGAUUGGUGCAACCAUCACCUUUAGUGGGCUGAUUUUCUCAGUGAAGCUCCCCUUCAGCAAAUUUGGCAACAACACUGAAGGACAGUGUGGAACAUGUUCAAAUAGCAAAUCUGAUGAAUGCCGCUUGCCAAGUGGUAAGAUUAUUUCCUCCUGUCCCCAAAUGGCUCAUCACUGGCACGUUGGUAACGACACAUCAUGCAGUGGAGUACCACCACCACCAAUUAUAACCACACCUCCACCGUUGCCUCAGUGUAAAACUCCGCUUUGCAAGCUUAUCAAGAGCAAAGUUUUUGAACCAUGCCAUGAUGUGAUACCACCAGAACCAUUUUUCAAAGGCUGUGUUUUUGAUGGAUGUCGCGUACCCAAUGCCUCCAUACAGUGUUCCAGUUUGGAGAUGUAUGCUACAGAGUGUGCUGCUAGAGGUAUCUGCAUUGACUGGAGAGGAAAGACCAACUCUACAUGCCCAUACAACUGUCCAGCAAACACAGUAUACAAGGCAUGUGGGCCCAUUAAUCCUGCUACCUGUGAGCCAAGCUCUGUUGAGCACAGCGGCUAUGGUGUAACCGAAGGAUGUUUCUGUCCUGAAGGACAGACUUUAAUCAGUGAAGACAGCAACAUCUGUGUCUCUGACUGUUCUUGUAGGGAACCAAAUGGAAUAUCCAGAAGGCCAGGAGAAAAAUGGAUGAAGGAUUGCCAGGAAUGUGUCUGUGACAAACGUACUCUUAAAGUGCACUGUACAAGACCCAAAUGUCCUCCUCUGACAAAACCAGAAUAUUGCGAUGAACCAGGUUAUAUGCCUGUUCAGGUACAGAUAUCAGAAGAUCCAUGCUGUACCAGGACUGAGUGCUACUGCAACAUUAGCCAGUGCUCUGAGGUCACACACAAAUGCUCAGUGGGACAGGAAACAGUUAUAACAACACAACCUGGAAAAUGCUGUCCUUCUGUUACAUGCAGACCUAGUUGUGCUGUCAACGAUACCUUCUAUUCACCCGGAGCUGUCAUCCCAUCAGGUCCCUGUGAAAAAUGCACCUGCUCUAAUUCCUCAAGCCCUCAUCGCGCCUUUGUCAAGUGCGAGCCUGUUAUCUGUGACACAUACUGCCCAGCGGGUUACAAGUAUACAAAGAAACCUGGGCAGUGCUGCGGCACGUGCAAGGCAGUGGCUUGUACAGUGACCUUGGGAGACAACACGACACAUGUGCUCAAAGUUGGAGAAGUCUGGAACCCGCCUGGCAAUAACUGUACAUUUUACACAUGCGAAAAUUAUGAUGAUCAGUUCAUUCCAGUCAUUGUACAGAAAAGCUGUCCUUCCAUUAAUCCAGACGAUUGUGACCCUGAUGACAUCCGGAUAUCAGAUGAUGGCUGCUGCAGAGUGUGCCCAACACAACCACUGAAAAGCUGUAAGAAGCACAAUACCACUACUGUCAUCCACUACAAUGGGUGUGUAUCUCCUGCGCCUGUUGAGCUAACAUACUGUGAAGGCAGCUGUGAUGCUUACUCACGAUAUUCUCCAGAGGCGAACAUGAUGGAACAUAAAUGCACGUGCUGUCAGGAUAUCAAGACCAGCCAAAGAACGGUGACCCUGACAUGCAGUGAUGGAACCCACCUUAAUUACUUAUAUACCUAUGUGGAGAAAUGCAGCUGUGUGAACACUGAGUGCAUUCUUCAAAGCAUUGAAAGCCCUACCAACAGUGCCAAAGAGCCAGUGAAGGGGGCACAGGCCUUGCCAGAGAAAGGGAAGGUCUAAAAUGAGAACUAGCAAGAAGCCAAACAAGGAAAAGUUGAACAUAGACUAAAAUAAACCUUUCAAAAAAUACAAAAGUGUCAAAAGCAGCUAAAAUUUUGGAUGAACAGAUGAUAUCUUCUGCAUACAAGCUCAAUAUGCCUGGCUCCUAUAUUAUUUCAGUUGUCAUUCCAGUGUAUCUCUCAUUGCUUUGAAUAUCGCUUCUUUUACACCUUGAGAGGUACAGCAUAAGGUCCUUUUGACAUUUGCUAUUUGUUUGUUUGCAGUCUUUUCUGGCUUGAAGCUUUCCCUUGCAGGCAUGAUAUAGACUACGUAGGCAUAAAAUAAACAUUGCUGUGUAAGAAAUUAAGUUUUGCAGCCAUUGUAUUCUGUACCCACUUGAAAAUAACUAAUCUUGCCACUGACAUAGACUGACUAUUUUUAAAACGUUUUCAUUCCAUUUCAUUGAGAUAGAUCAAAAGCUAAAGUCCAGAAAACAAACAAAGAAAACUGUACCUCUCAACUUCUUUCUUUUUCUUUUUGCUUUAAGGAAAACUUUGACUGUAUAGAAAGCUGUACCUUCUCAGAACUGUUAAAUUCAAUAUUAUCAGCAAUUUAUGAUGGGCAUUUUCCCUAUAUGCUCUCAAAAGAAAGAAAGAAAGAAAGAAAAAGAAAGAAAGAAAGAAAGAUCCUAUCAUGAAAGGCUGCUGCACACUACUCUGUUUACAUAAUACCAUCAGCAUAGUAACUGUAUGAAAAUUUGGAAUUUUUUUUGUUUGUGGUUAACUGUUUACAGAAGUA